AGACCCACAUAUCCAAGGCAGUCAAGUUUGUGUGGAGGGUUCCACAAGCUCAACACAAUCUCCUGACCCACAAGGUGCAUCUUAUGUACAAAGUUAAAUACAAAGACGGCUAAAUGGAAGAGAAGCCAUUUAAGUGUGAAGUGUGUGACCACGCAUUCACACAGUCAUCAACGCUUGUGAAUCACCAACACAUUCACACAGGGGAGAAACCGUUUACCUGUGAGGUGUGUAACAGGGGUUUUACACAGUCAUCAGCUCUCGUGAAACACCGGCGCAUUCACACAGGUGAGAAACCGUUCACAUGUGAGGUGUGUCACAAAUCAUUCUCAGUGUCCUCAAAUCUCCGCACACACCAACGCAUUCACACAGGGGAGAGGCCGUUCAAAUGUGACGUUUGCAAUAAAACCUUUUUGAAGUCUACAAGCCUCCUGAUACACCAGAGGAUUCACACAGGGGAGAAACCAUUCAAGUGUACAGAAUGUGAAAAAUUUUUUACUUGCUCCUCUGAUCUCCUGAUACACCAGAGGAUUCACACGGGGGAGAAGCCCUUCAAGUGUGAGGUAUGCGAGCGAGCCUUCACACAAUCAUCGCUACUCCUAAAACACCAACGUAUCCACACUGGGGAGAAGCCAUUCAAGUGUGAGGUGUGUGACCAAGGAUUUUUGAAGUCGGGGAACCUCCGUGUGCACCAACGCAUGCACACUGGGGAGAAACCGUUCAAGUGUGAGGUGUGUAACAGGGGAUUUGCACAGUCAUCAACCUUGGUCAGUCACUGGCGCAUUCACACUGGUGAGAAACCAUUCACAUGUGACGUGUGCAGCAAAUCAUUCUCAAGGUCAUCGAGCUUCCGUGUGCACCAACGCAUUCACACUGGGGAGAAACCAUUUUUAUGCGAUAUGUGCAACAAAUCCUUCUCCAGCUCAUCAAAGCUCCUGUUGCAUCAGAGGAUUCAUAUAGGAGGACUGCACAGUCUCAUAAGAUUUCCCAACAUACAAGGCAGAUCUUUUGCAUCAACUGUUAACUCAAGAAGCAAGAUGGAAAAGAAACCAUUCAAAUGUGAAGUGUGUGACAAAUCAUUCUCACGCUCAUCCCACUUCAGCCUUCACCAACGCAGUCACACAGGGGAGAAGCCGUUCAUGUGUGCGGUGUGUGACAAACCAUUCUCACAUUUUUCAAACCUCCGUGCACACCAACGCAUCCACACAGGGGAGAAACCAUUCACAUGUGAGGUGUGUGACAAAUCAUUUUCACAGUCAUCAAUACUGCGCGCUCACCAGCGCAUUCACACAGGGGAGAAACUGUACACCUGUGAAGUGUGUGACAAAUCCUUCACACAGUCAUCAAACCUCCUGGUCCAUCAGGCAGUUCACACAGGGCAGAAACACUUCAAGUGUGAUGUUUGCAAUAAGGCUUUUGCAACGUCUACAAGGCUUCUCACACACCAGAGGAUUCACACAGAGGACAAACCUUUCAAAUGUGAGAUUUGUGAGAUAUCUUUUGUCCAAUUAUCAGAUCUCCUGACACACCAGAGGAUACAUACAGGGGAGAAGCCCUUCAAGUGUGAGAUUUGUGACCGAGCCUUCACGCAGUCAUCAACACUCAUACAGCACCGACGCAUUCACACUGGGGAGAAACCAUUCAAAUGUGAGGUUUGUGACAAAUCUUUCUCACGCUCAUCUCACUUUCACACACACAAACGCACUCACACCGGAGAGAAACCAUUCAGAUGUACAGAGUGUGACAAGUCAUUUUCGCGGUCCUCUAUUCUCCGUGAACACCUUCGCCUUCACACAGGAGAGAAAGCUUUCACAUGUGAAGUGUGUAAUAAGGGCUUUGCACAGUUAUCAGGCUUGUUAAAUCACCGGCACAUUCACACAGGGAAAAGCCUUUCAAAUGUGAGGUGUGUGACUGAGCCUUCACACAGACAUCAAUGCUCAUGAAAUACUGACAUACUGUGGAGAAGCUGUUCAGGCAGGAGCUGUGUGAGAAAGCCUUCACCAACUUGUUAAAGCCGCAAUCCAUCAGAGGAUCCACAAAGGGGGCCAAUGAUUUAAGUAAGACAUUUAUGAUAACGUUCUCCUGAAUUCUUGGACCCUCCCGGAACACUAGCAGAUUCAGAGAAUCCUUUCACAUGUGAGGUCAGCAACAAAGCUUUCACAUGGCUCACGUAUCUCCCCAUCCAUGAAUUCAUGACUACAAGGAACCGCGUUAGUAAAACCUUUGAACAAUUCUCGGACCUCCUGGAAGAUCAGUGAACCCAAACAGAGUCAAAUCCUUCCAGUGUGACGUGCAAAUCUUGUUUUACCUCCUCCUUUUCCUCCUCUCUCACCAGACACUGUCAUUGCCACAUGGAUGUGAAGCCGGGUCACUUGCUUCUGUUGCAUUGAGAGUUGACUGUGUCGUUUGCCCACCAGUGCUCACACAGGGGAGCUGUUAUUCCAAAGUACUUUGGGUCUCAGCAGCAUCUGUAUCGCACCUGUGACUAGAUCAUGAAACGUCACGAAAAGGAGACAAUAUGUGUAGAAGCUCCUGUAUAAACUCAGCUUCCUUUCAGUGCAGUGGCAGGUACAAGUCACUCGCUGACUCUCGCUCUGACCAAGAAGACAGUCAAACACUCAGUGGUUAGAAAGGCUUCAGCUUCUGAUCAACAAGCACCCAAGGGAGGAGCCAUUCCUGGGGUAAUAAAGGAGGUACCUUAAAUAGCCUCAGUGUCUCUGAUCUAUGGAGGGGGAGAAUCAGCCAGGAAUCCCGUUCCUCAUCAGUGAGCCCAGCUGGGAAGUUGGGGGAGGGCGGGAUGUGGCUUGGCUGUAACAGUAUAAAAUCAGCCACAAUCUCAUUGAAUGGCAGAGUAGACUUGAUGGGCCAAAUGGGUUACUUCUGCUCCUACACCUUCUGGUUUUACAAUUAAACGUUUGCUCAAAAAGUGGAAAUGAGGGUAGUAUGAAACAAAAAGAGAAAGGUAAACAUCAGAGAGGUUUGAGGAGGGGAUGUUAGAGAUGGGUGACGGGGUUUUCUCUGGUCAACUCUUGUUUUCUCUGUCAACUAGAUGAAUCAUUUUAAACAUCACAAUUAGAUUAUCCCGUAAUUUUCCACAUUCAGGCAAAUGCAAGCUCAGCCUGUGUAACCUGUUAUCUAAUUUGAACCAGUUUAAGCCCCAGGAACAUUCUUGUGAAUCUACAGUGCACUCCCUCCAAGGCCUUACUGAAAUUUAGUAAUGAGAACUGAACUCAGUUCUCCAAGUAGGGUCUAAACAGAGCUCUGUACAGCUGGAACAUAACUUCCACAAGGACACGAUUGGUUUUGGGGAGAAGGUGUCUGUUCUCUUCUGGAAUUGAGAAGCAGGGAUAUCAAGCAGGAAGGAAGAGAGGAAUGUAAUUUUGGGAACAAGGCUAUAGGAAUUGGAUAUGAGAGAUCUGGUUUACCAGAUUGAUGGUGACAGAAACAUUCUGGUGAAUGGAGAGAUCUAUGUGUGUGUGUGUACAAACAGGUGUUUGACUACUACCAUGGGGAAUGCGUGUACUGUGCAAUCCAGGAGGUCGAUUAUCCUGAGUAUGGUGAGAGAAUGGGGGUGAAUCUCUACAGACCCAAAUUCCCUCAGGUCAUCAUACCUCAGUGUAAUGAUGGUGUGAUAUAUUCAAUUUAUACGCUUUCAAGAUUCAUUUUAUGUUCUAGGAAAAAUCUUAGUUAUUUUCAAGCCUUUUGUUAUUUUAAUUGAUUCAUGGUUCAGGAUGUAAUUAUUUUCAUCUGAUGUUUAUUAAUCUGUUGUAUAGAUUUAGAACCUUCAAUAAAUUUAACUUUUA